AAGUAUGCAACACUCAGCACUGCCACUGUGACGUCACGUAAAAUAGGCUGACGACAUCUUUCUAGAUUUCGCAAUAAAAUGAUUUUCCGUGGUUUUUCAUAGUGAUUCUACAUCAUAUUGUGUUUUAGAACAAUCGUAGACGCUAAAUUACGAAAGUGUUGUGUUAUUUUCGCUGACUGCGAUGGAUUUCUUAUAAUUUUUGUGACAACGAGUGAUGAAGGCAAAAGAAAAUGGCUACCUUCGAACGCAUGUUGUUAGCCAGAAAACAAGUAAUUGUAAAUGGUAAAUACAACAUUAUUCGCAAGAUCGGAGGCGGGAGCUUCGGAGACAUCUUCUUAGCAAUAAAUAUCAACGAUGGGGAGGAGGUAGCGGUGAAAGUAGAGUCGAUAAAGGCGCGGCACCCACAACUUCUCUAUGAGAGCAGAGUGUAUAAGAUGCUCCAAGGGGGCAUCGGCAUACCACACAUAAGAUGGUUCGGCUACGAAAAGGAACACAACAUCUUGGUGAUGGACCUUCUAGGUCCAUCGCUCGAGGACCUGUUCAACUUCUGCUCGCGCCAGUUCACCAUCAAGACCGUGCUCAUGCUGGCAGACCAAAUGCUGGGCCGCGUGGAGUUCAUCCACUGCAAGUGCUUCAUCCACCGCGACAUCAAGCCGGACAACUUCCUGAUGGGCAUCGGCCGGCACUGCAACAAGCUGUACAUGAUCGACUUCGGCCUCGCCAAGAAGUUCCGCGACCUGCGGUCGCGCGCGCACAUCUCGUACCGCGAGGACAAGAACCUUACCGGUACGGCGCGUUACGCGUCGAUCAACGCGCAUCUCGGUAUCGAGCAGUCGCGGCGCGAUGACAUGGAGUCCCUCGGCUAUGUACUUAUGUAUUUUAACAGAGGGUCGUUGCCGUGGCAAGGGCUGAAGGCCAUCACCAAGAAGCAGAAGUAUGAACGAAUCAGCGAGAAAAAGAUGUCUUCGCCUGUCGAAGUCCUUUGCAAGGGUUUCCCGGCGGAGUUUGCGAUGUACCUAAACUACUGCCGCGGCCUCACCUUCGACGAGGCGCCAGACUACAUGUAUCUCAGACAGUUGUUCCGCAUCCUGUUCCGCACGAUGAACUACCAGUACGACUACACGUUCGACUGGACCAUCCUGCGGCAACGCAAGCAGCACAUGGAGGCGGGCGCCGCGCCGCCCGACCGCCGCUCGCCCUCCGUGCAGCGCCGCGCCGCGCAGCCGCCGCAGCCGCCGCCCAACAACGAGUGAAAGAGAUUACGACGUUCGGCAGCGGCGGGCGGCCCUCUGAAGAAGCGAGCGCGAUAGCGUCGGCCCAGCGCGUGUGUCCCGCCCGCACGUCGUCAACGUCAACAUCUUACGUCAUUACGUCAAAGUGGAGCUCUCAGUGCGACGUCAAGAUUCGCAUCGGAAGAGCAGACUGGACAUUACAGCAUGUGACCGGAUAUAAAACAUUUGUCCACUCCGAUAUUUGUUCUGAUUCUGUAGUACCCAUAGUGUCUACUAGUUUUGUUUGUAUAGUGAUAUUUGAUAACGCGUAAUGUCCGAUCUCCUAGUCCAAUGUGAACCUGGCCUAAGGACUAGCUUUUUUUCUAUUACAGAGGCCUUUUAAGUUUAAUCGUGAGAAAUAACGCGGCAGCCAUACCGGUUGUUUUUUUAUUAAAAAAAAAUACUUCGGUGACUAACUUUUCCGUGGUUAGACGCGGACGCUAGAGAUUUUUUUUUUACUUGUAUUAUAGUUUGAUAAAGCUGUGUAAGUUCAUCAGGAAAGCAUUUGCAAUAAGACAAUUGUAAGAAAUCUAUACAUUAUUCAGUUAGAUUAUCUCGAUGUUUAUUAUUGAUAGUUUGUUGGUUUACUUAGUUUAACGAUAUAAGUUCUCCUAAUUAGCUAGUGUUUACAUUCAUUUUAAUUGAUUAAAAUUAGAGCCGGAUGUUUCAGCGAUUUUCAUGGAAUAACGCAAAAUGUAGCUGAAAUGUACCGGCGGUGUCGACGCGAUGUAACACAAUAUUGGCUAAAAACGUUCAUUAAAAAUUACUGAUAAAACUAAUUAUUAAUAGGUUUCUGUAUUAAAAAAGAAAAAUCUAAUUAAAAAAUCGAAAAAAAAAGAGUAGCUUAAGUGAAACUGAUUUCAGUUUCUUUGGAUCGUGCCGGCCGAGGGCGCAGAAUAGAGUAAGGCUUAUUUUUUUUUUAUUUUACUAUAUUUUUUUGGCAACACGACACGAAAUUGUACAUAAAAUUCACUGCGGUCGGUGUGGUCCAAAGAUAUUGGUACAUAUGUAUCGUAUAUUUUAAAAUAAUUGUAAAUAUGAAACAGUGUUCAUUUUAACUGUUAUUUUUUUAAGAACACGCAGAAUUUGGUUUGUCUGUAACGGCCGGUUGCUCAAGACAUUGCUCACGACGCGAACGUUAACGUAACAGACAUAAAAAUAAACUAUUAUGAACUGAGUAUCAUUACUGUAACUCAUUAGGAUAUUACGUGCUAAUAGCGGGUGAAUGUCUUGAGGAACUGAAUGAAUAAGAGAUAUACAAUAAGAAAUGGAAAUAACGUUUGCAUGGGGAAGAGUGGUUGAGAGCGAGGUAGUGUCAAAUGGGGACAAACUGCACACGACAGAUAACGGACAAUCAAUGGAAUUAGCUUUUUCUUUGUGAUAUAAAGGAUCUCAAGUCAGAACUUAGUAUAUCAACGCCUUAACCCUGGGAACUGAGAAAUAGACAACUGACAAUUUGUCCCCAAUUGAAUGAGUAAACUCAUUGUACUGCACUUUUAAUUAUAAAUUAAUAAAUAAUAAUAAACAAGUAA